AUUAUAGUAAAUUAUUACUAUACAUUAAAUUUAUAAUGACAUGUACACUAUUUUGAGAAGUAUUAAAUUUGUGAGAAGAUACGGAAGAAGUUUGUUUUUACACCAAAAUUUCAAAUAUUCUACUGGGAAUAACACAAAAAUAAUUUUACGGAAUAAAAUUCCAAAUCUUCAAAGAUUUUCGCUUGAUGUUGAUUCAGAUUCUUUCCUUGUUAGUCCUUCCCGAUUAACUUCUUCCGAAUACAUCUACCAAUACCUCUCUUCAGGCGUUUCAAUAUUGUUUAUUUUAUUAUUUAUUCCAUUUCCCUUUGCUUUAUUUUUAUAUUUAACAUCGAAAUACAGGAAUUUAUCCCACAACUUAAAUGAAGCCAAUACAACCCAAUCAAAUACCUCUAAAACUCUAUUUUUUAAUUCUAAAGUCAAAGUGAUUAAUAAUUCCAAAUCUUUACUAAACCUACUUGACACUAAGAAACCUGUGAUAAUUUAUUAUUUUUCUCAAAAUAAUGAAAAUUCUCUGCAAAUUAACAUUAUUAAAUCUGUUUUAUCUCAGAUUCACACACUCCUCGGUGAUGAGCUGGAAGUUGUAUUUGUUGACAUAAAUAGAUUCGAGGGCAAGAUAAAUCCUGUAUUAAAAUCUGAACUAACAAAAGCUUCAAACAAUUUAUUCCACUUACUUAUUCCAUCAGAUUCUGAACCUUUGCUAACGACUCUUACUCCAAUCACUUCCAUUUCAUCAUUCUUACACUCUGUCAAGGAUAUUCUACAGUCAACUCCCUAUAAACUAAAGAGUUCCAGUAAAUUAAACAAUAAUUCCAAUCACUUGAUUGAGGAAUUGGAUGAAGAUUUGACUAAACUUAGAAAUUGUUUAUUUGAACUGACAUUAGAGGAAAAAGAUUACAAUUCUUUAAUUUCUCAAAAUGACAUCAAAUCUAUGCUUAAACAAUGUAAUACAAUUCUAAUUUAAUACAAACACAAUUUAAUAUACCUAGUUUAAU